AUGAUUGCAAGCGCAACCUCUGGAUUCAAGGCUAUGGCCAUGAUGGCCUUCCUCUUCAUGGAAUCAGCUGUUGGUGCCCCCACUGAGGCUCGCGAAGUCAUCACUUCUCGUGGUCCCAGCAAUUUCAACGAGUGGAACAACACACAUAGCCCAGCCGCAGGCCAGGCCUUCGGUGGUGAUCUAACCUGGUUUGAAACCGGACUGGGAGCAUGCGGCUGGUUCAAUUACGGGGGAGACCACAUCUGUGCCGUAUCUCAUAUUGUCUUUGACCGUGCGAAUGUAGACGGCAACCCGAACCACAAUCCACUUUGCGGCCGGCCGAUCCGCAUCCAGCGGGGUGACAGAUGGAUAGACGUCACUCUCGUGGAUCGAUGUGAGGGUUGUGCGGAGUUUGACAUUGAUGUCAGCCGCGGUGUUUUCGAGCAACUCGGUAACCUCGAUGAGGGCCGGGUUCACACUGAUUGGUGGUGGCUAUAG